AAUAAAAUGUUAUCUUCUUCUUCGUCUGUUGAAGAGAAACAGAAGGAAUAACAGCAGGCGUGGUUGGGUGUUGGACGGACAGGCAACAAUGUCAUCAGUUUCGCUGUCAUUUCUACAGAGCGCAUGCUCCUAUUCGAAUCUUCAUCACCACCAGAAGCUUCUGAUUAAACCACCAUUGAUUUCUUCAUCGUCUCGAACAACUUCUCUAGUUGUACAAGCCUCCGCCAGAACUCGUCAAGAUAACAGAAAAGCUCGUCAUACUCGUAUUCGUAAGAAGGUGGAGGGGACACCCGAAAGACCAAGAAUGUGCGUCUUUCGAUCCAACAAGCAUCUGUACGUCCAAGUGAUUGAUGAUACUAAAAUGCAUACUCUUGCAUCAGCUUCUACGAUGCAGAAACCGCUCUCUGAGGAGUUUGAUUUCACCUCUGGUCCCACAAUUGAUGUAGCUAAGAAAAUAGGGGAAGCGAUUGCAAAGUCGUGCAUAGAGAAAGGGAUCACGGCUGUGGCCUUUGAUCGAGGUGGUUAUCCUUAUCAUGGACGAAUUCAGGCGCUUGCUGAUUCAGCUCGAGAACAUGGUCUUCAAUUCUAGUACUCUUUUCUUCAUUUACUUGUAUUUCAAGCUUGAAUCUUUUGUCGCCCUACAAGAUUUAUUAUUGAAAUAUGCCAAAGCUGCAUAUUUUUGUUAGUUUCUCAAUUUGUGUCUUGUGUACUGAAACAUGUAAAAUUAAUCACAAGAAUAGUUAAAAAGAAACGGGUUGGAAGUCUCCGAUUCGGUUAGAAA